AGCUCCGCCUAACCACCGGCAGUGGCGGAGACUCGGUUUCCCAGAAGCCCCCCGGCUGGGUCCCGCCCACAGCUCUGCCGGGCGCCCCCUGGCGGCGCGCUUCAGCUCGGCUCCAGUUCCCGGCGGCCCGCGCGGCACGUUCUCGGCGGAAGGGCUGCUGGCGAUGGCUGGGGCUGGUUCUGCCGCUGUGUCCGGGGCAGGGACCCCCGUGGCGGGUCCCGCAGGCCGCGAUCUCUUCGCCGAGGGGCUCCUCGAGUUCCUGCGACCGGCUGUGCAGCAGCUGGACUCUCACGUCCACGCUGUCAGAGAGAGCCAGGUAGAGCUCCGGGAGCAAAUUGACAACUUGGCUACUGAGCUGUGCCGAAUCAACGAGGAUCAGAAAGUGGCCCUGGAUCUCGACCCCUAUGUCAAGAAGCUGCUUAAUGCCCGGCGACGAGUUGUCUUGGUCAACAACAUUCUGCAGAAUGCGCAGGAACGGCUGAGGCGACUAAACCACAGUGUUGCCAAGGAAACAGCCCGCAGGAGGGCAAUGCUGGAUUCAGGAGUUUACCCUUCUGGUUCCCCGAGCAAGUAAACAGGCCAGAAGAUGGGGCUCAUGCCUGGCCCCAUAAUAGCACAAGUACUCUUCCCCAGCUGCCUUGCUUCCUCCAGGAACUCCCUGUAGACCUUGGGACAUCCAACAGGCAGCCCAGUUGUUUCUGUCUGAAGCACUUAAGUCUUACCCACUUAUAUGGGGCCCAAAGAAACCUGUGUACAGCAGGACUAAUGAUCCCAAAGGAUUUAUUAUGGCUCUUGCUUCCAAGAAUGGGCUGAGGACUCUACCUUUUUAAAACCUACAUUCUCAAGGCCCAGCUCCUCUACCUUCAAGCCUAGUUAAUGAGGGGCUUGCUCCAUUGCAUGUCUUCUACCUGUGACUUUUCUUUUGUUUACACUGAGGAUUUGAAGGGCAGGCAAAGUCAAGGUAAUGACCUCUGUCUACCCUCUUUUGUUGAUUGCACUGGGCUUGAAUACAGUAGCAGUAUUGGUAGAACCAUUUCAUUCAAUAAAUGCUUAAACAGUG